AUGGGACUCCAGGGUAGGGCCGCCUCCCUGCAGUGCCCUCCACUCACCAGCCAGAGGCCCCUGGGCCCCACCCUCCUGUCCUGCUGCUGCGGCUCUGCCAGCGCCAGAGGACAGGAGUCCCGUGUCCCCAGAGACCAGAAUGGUGUCCAGAAGUCCUGGGACUUCAUGAAGACGCAUGACAGCGUGGCCAUUCUCCUGUUCAACUCCUCUCAGCGGAGCCUGGUGCUGGUCAAGCAGUUCCGGCCAGCUGUGUAUGCCAGCGAGGUGGAGCGCCGCUGCCCGGGGGCGCUGGCCGCGGCGGACCAGGACGAGCCCCGGGAGCUGCCUGUGUCCCUGCCCGGGGCGGCGGGGGUGACGCACGAGCUGUGUGCCGGGCUGGUGGACCAGCCCGGGCUGUCGCUGGAGGAGGUGGCCUGCAAGGAGGCGUGGGAGGAGUGUGGCUACCGCCUGGGGCCCACAGACCUGCGGCGCGUGGCCUCCUACAGGGCCGGCGUGGGACUGACCGGCUCCAGCCAGACCCUGUUCUACGCGGAGGUGACCGACGCCCAGCGUGAGGGCCCAGGCGGGGGCCUGGCGGAGGAGGGCGAGCUCAUCGGGGUCCUGCACCUGCCCCUGGAGGCCGCCCAGGCCUUCUCCGACGACCCAGCGGUGCCCAAGACGCUCGGCGUUAUCUUUGGCAUCACGUGGUUCCUGCACUGUGUAGCCCCCGGCCUGGGUCCUCAGUGACCCUCGGUGGUCAGUGCUGGCCCUGGCCCUGCACCCGCAGACCCAAUAAAGCCCAUGCAGCCCAA